AUGGACAACACCACCACAUUCAACGGCCAGGAUCUCUCCGCCGACGACAACCACGCAGAUCUCCUCACCCUCGGCCUCUCCACCUUCCACCACCACCUCCCUCCGCCUCCCACCCCCGCGCCGCCGCCGCCCCUUCUCAUCAACCCCGCCCUCUCCGCCUUCCACCACCCUCUCCCUCCCCCGCCACCCGCCGCCGCCAUCUCCAUCCCCUCCCCCUCCGCCGUCCGCCCCCGCCGGCAGCGGCGGAACCCCUCUCGAACUCCCUCCGCCGGCAAGUCCCCGACCAUUCCUCCCCCCUACCCCUGGUCCACCGACCGCCGCGCCACCGUCCACAGCCUCGACUACCUCAUCUCCCGUCAGAUCUCCGCCGUCUCCGGCGACGUGGAGUGCAAGCGUUGCGAGCGGCGCUACUCCGUGGAGUUCGACCUGCGUCAGAAGUUCGCGGAGGUGGGCUCCUACGUCGCGGCCCACAAGGGCGGCAUGCACCAGCGGGCCCCCGCGGCGUGGUGCAGCCCGGCCCUCCUCCGCUGCAGGUUCUGCGAGCAGGAUAACAGCGCCCGGCCCGUGAUGGCUGAGAAGAAGAGGUCGAUCAACUGGCUGUUCUUGCUGCUUGGGCAGAUGCUGGGCUGCUGCACGCUCGACCAGCUCAAAUACUUCUGCAAGCACACGAAGAACCACCGCACCGGAGCCAAAGACCGUGUCCUCUACCUCGCCUAUCUCGCCCUUUGCAGGCAGCUCGACCCUCAAGGUCCUUUCGACAUUUGA